AUGAAAUCAGCACCACAGAAGACCAAUUUGGUGCAAUUCUUGACACCAUUAUCCUUGCGAAGGUGGUGGACAUGGCCUGCAUCUUUUUGCGUAUCCCGACUCAUUCAUACUAUCCCAGCUUUCAUUCGGGAGCCGCUGGAGCAAUGGACCAUGAAGUUGAAUGAACUUUACACAUCACUUGGUGCAUAUAGGAACAGAUCAAUGCCAAGUCCAUGGGCAACUAACCAACAAGAGAAUGUCUAUCACGAUAUUUGCCUCCUGGUGAACAACCAGAAGGAUGAGUCCAUCAAAACCUACACCAAUGCCCUUUGUAAGAUUCUCUUAGUAUUCAUGGUACUCGCUCUAACUGUAAGGUUUGAACACUCGGACCACCUCAGAACUACAAUGAUCUUUGAGGAGACUUUUGAACAAAAUGUGCAACGUUGGAAGAAAGCUUUCAUUGAUGCUGUUGCGAUAUCACCACUCCUGCUCAUUCUGUACCCAGGUUCCGGGGAACAUAUCUCCAUCUCGCUUACUUUACAGGUCGGAGGACAACUUGCAUCUUACAGAAAACCGGAACUCCUCCAAUGUAUUGAGGAAAUGCUCUGGCGUUGUAUUAUCGGUGUCGCAUGGGGCUGUUGGACAAGUGACACUGGAUUGACAAACUUCUUGACUGAGGCUGCACCAUUGAUCCGAGGUGACUCUGAGGGAGCGGAUACCUGGUUUUCUGAUGCAUUUGCUGCCCUUGUUCAGUGUAACCAAAUCCUUGGCCUGGAGGUUCGUGUAGGAUUGGCAAAUGUUGCUUGGCUUAAUAAUAGUCGAAACUUUGAGGGAGCUCACAAGGUUCACUGCCUCUUGACAUUGCAAGUGGAACAAUGGGGCCACAGACACUUUCCAGUGCUCUGGCCCCAUCCACCAAACACUGGCUUGAACAUUAACGACCUCCCCACCAUUGAGCUUGGUCAAAUCGGUGAAGACGCUAGCCGAAAGCAACUAAAACAAGAUCGCAACCUAGCUCAUUCUGAAACAAUGGUUGAGUCUCCCCCCAUUUUAGAGGUUCAAGAUCGAGCGUUGCUGGAUGGAUGGUAUAAGUGCUGUAUUAAUGCCUCAGUUUCACUUUCUGUAGCACCUGCUGUAGAGUCAGCACUGGUAUAUCGCCUGGAUUUCGAUUUGGCCAUCAACAAUCCUGUUUGCACUCUUGAACGUUUUUGUGACCACAACAUACUAGUGGUUGGUGCAAAGACAUCUCAGAUCACUUGGACGCUGUCAUCACUUUCUAAGAUUGGAAAUCCUGAUGCAAAUCGAGAUUUUCAAGACCACCAAGGACAGGGCCAUGACAUGCGUCUGUCUUUAUGUGAACUGCAUGAAGAAAGCCAGGAAAACGAAGGUCUUAUUUUGACGACAUGGGAGUUUUCAAACAGACGUCUGUUAACACAGAGCGCAUCUUUCGGAUGGAGGGGUAUCCUGCAUCCACCACCCACUUCUGUUAUCCAAGUUCAUUGUGGCUGCCAGCUUUGGUACCUCUUUCAGCAUCGCGUUAAAAAGCAUGACAAGUUGAUACAUGCAUACCAUGACUGGGAUUCUGACUUCAUUAAUGACCCAAAGCAAUGGAAAGCAGAAGUUGUUGUCCUCGAGCCCGGUAAUGUCCUAGGACAACAUUUUUACACUACUACAACUUUGUCAAAAACCGUUUCGGGUUGGGUUGAUACUUAUAUACAUGGGGUCAAAAUCGAGAGAGUUCUGUACUUCCAACUGAGGGAUCUCCUCUUUCGACUGAUUUUGUACCUUGAAGAUGGGCUGAACACUGAUAGCAUAGAAAAUGAUUCGUCCAAAUUCAAGGUCAAUACAGCUGAAGGGCUUCUCGACAUAGUUGCACUCGGCAACUUGCUCCUCUCCCUUCCUGCCUUAGACAUUGUCGCUAUUUUCGAUGCUCGUAAACCAGAUGCAUAUUGGCCACUCAGCAAGGGGAGAUGGGCAUAUUUUGACAUAAUAUAUCGUCUUCAGGAGCAGUACUCUCUGAUUCUCUUUCCCGACACACCACUUGCCCAUGAUGCAUUCACCAAACCUUUAGAUUCUCUGGUCUCACUUCGCAUUGCUGAUUUUGCAAAGACUUCUGCCAUUCAUUUUGCAUGGUCUUUGAUACUAUCUGCAAGGAAAGCACAGGGUUGGCGGAAAGUGUACUUGAAAGCCUUCAAACAGCCCACUUUCUUCGUCUGGCCAAGGGCCCGUCCACUUGAUGCGACUGUAGAUGAAUGGGCAGUGAUGGUGGUGAAAGAAAGAGUUGCUGAAGUCAUGCAAUCUCCAGACUGA